CUAAAUCUAUAUUAAAUACUACCUAGACGUGUCUAUGCUAGUCAAUUGUCGACAGUUCCUUCUGUGAUACACACCAUGGAGCGUACACUCAAACUUCUUGCUGUUGUUCUUGUACUGUGCCUGCUCGAAGCGGAAUGUUCACCACAAAUUACAGCAGGGCAAUCUGCGACCACGCUAGAACAGCGAGUUACUGCACUGGAGAGAGAAAUCGGUGGACUUCAGACACAAAAUCAGCAGCUGGUGGUUUGUGUUACGAAUAUGUCGUCUGACCAGUCCGACACUGUCAAAUGUGCAAGGAAAAUCGUCACGGCAGGCAUCUCAUAUGGACGGAAUGUGAUGUUUUCCGCCCAACUGACCCACACACUGUCCAGCGUUGCUGUAGAACAAGGAAUAGUGUUUGACAGUCCUGUAACUAAUGUUGGGGACUGUUACAGCGGUCAUACAGGAGUAUUUACCUGCUGUAAAGCCGGCACCUAUGUUUUCUACUGGAGCAUUUAUACAACCGGAUCACACUACGUACAAACUGAGCUGAUUAAGAACACUUCCUCCAUAGCAAUCAACCGCUCAGGUGAUGCCAACUAUUAUUCCACUGGAACUAUGAUGGUUCUGCUUCAUCUUCAUUUUGGCGAUGAGGUUUGGAUCAGAGUAAAAUCCCGAAAUCCUGCUACUUCAAAUAUUUAUGCAGACAAAUCGUCGUCUUUCACAGGCUUUUUGUUACAAUGACCAGGCAUCAAAGGAAGACGAUUUGAAGCUUCUCGCCAGAUAGCAUAUAGGCCGGAUUUAUCGUAAUUUUUCGGUGUUCUGUUACAGUAAGAAGCUCUCAUGUCUGAAUCUGAUUAAUGCUGACUUGUUCGGAUCACUUUUGAAUGGCGUAUUGAACAAAUCGACAUGUAUAUUAUACGUUUAUGAAGGCGAUUUUACGUUUGGUGAUAUAACGUGUGUUGUACAUAAGUACUGUUAAAACACUAUUUUUAUGCGGUUUUUAAUUAGUGGGUACUUUAAAUCUACGAAUUUAGAGAUCAUGAAGUAAUUAUAAGUUUGACAUAAAGAUAUUCUCCGUAUGAAGGAAAAUCAUGAAAUUUGGGCCAAACGAAAAUAUAUGAUUUUCCAAUUUAUUACAUUUUCCUUUGCAGAUUGAUUCAAGCUUGAGAUAUGGAAUGUAUGGAAAGAUAACUUAAGUUAGAGAUAUCAGCACUUUAUUAUUAUCACAAUAUUUUUCAUGAUUUACCACAAUGUAGGUUAUUCUUAUUAACAUCGUACUCUCAUAAUCUUUAAUUUAUUCAUCACAAAUUCCUUGAGCCUUUAUGCAGACCUCAGUUACACCCCUGGGAACACCGGGGAGAACAUUUUACAUCGCCCUAUGGUUAAUACAAUGUUACUCCACCAUUGCAACGAACCUACGCCACCUCAUAUCACAAAUAUAGGUUUUAAAAUAAAAACAAGGUAUACGAAUGUACAACUUGACUUCGUUUAUAUCAGGAGUUUUUUUUACAACCUCUACGUUGCAGUGUUUUAAAACAUUUGCCGAUGGGUUGUACCGCUUAUAAGCCGGAAGACCCCUCCAGAUAGACCAUACUAUUGCAAAAUCGAGAAAAAAUGUUAGUGAACCAUACAAAACUUUGUCUAUCCGGAACAAAUCGUACAAAUCCUGGACAUACCGUUAGAAAUCCGUAAACUAAACCUCUUGUCUAUGUCUUUAAAGGAUUUAAUUUUAGCUUUUAACUUAAUUAUAAGACCCAUUCGAAUAACUCACACUUUUUAAACCGGGUAAAACCGUUAGUGAACCAUACAAACCUCAUCAAUCCAGAUAAAAUCGUACAAAUCCGGGACAAACCGUUAGAAAUCCGUAACUUUAACUUCGUGAUCUCUGUCUUUAAAGGACUCAGUCUAAACACAUCUCUGACAGAUCUUUAGCUCAAACCUACAGUUGCUUAACACGUUAUUACAUAACCAUAUACACAACCCCAUCUCUGUAAGCUACAGCUCUGAAUUUCCAAUAUUGUUCUCACAGUGGCGUUACUACGGUGGCUUAUAAGGGUCUAGACAAUUAUAAAGUCGAUGUAAGGUAUAUAGAUAUAUAAUAUACAUAUUUGUCAACUUAAAGGUAAAUUUGUUUACUUGUUUUUUGACGGCUUGUUGAUAUUAAAAUACAUGCCAACAGCAA